UAGCACUUCUCAAAGGCAGGGUGUUCUAGGGAGCCAGGCCAUUGAGUAAAAAAGCCUACUAUAGUGAUUGUAAUCCAACCCUUUUCUGGACGUGAUUGUGCACCACAUCAACUGAAGAGCUGGAACCGAAAAUGAAUUGGGCGUCCUUUUAUGCCGUUAUAAGCGGUGUAAAUAGGCACUCCACUGGCAUCGGUCGCAUAUGGCUUUCCGUCCUCUUCAUCUUCCGCAUCCUGGUGCUGGUGGUGGCUGCUGAGACCGUGUGGGGUGACGAGAAGUCGGGCUUCACCUGCAACACACAGCAGCCGGGCUGUGACAGCGUUUGUUAUGACCAGUUCUUCCCCAUCUCCCACAUCCGGCUAUGGGCCCUGCAGCUCAUCCUGGUGUCCACUCCGGCUCUCCUGGUGGCCAUGCACGUGGCUCACCGCCGGCACAUCGACAAGAAAAUCCUCAAGAUGUCUGGACGGGGCAGCUCCAAGGACCUGGAGCAGAUAAAGAACCAGAAGUUCAAAAUUGCCGGGGCUCUCUGGUGGACCUACAUCAUCAGCCUCUUUUUCCGUGUCUUCUUCGAGGCAGCCUUCAUGUACAUCUUCUAUAUGAUCUACCCGGGCUACAAGAUGGUCCGUCUGGUGAAGUGUGACUCGUAUCCUUGCCCCAACACAGUGGACUGCUUUGUGUCCCGGCCCACUGAGAAGACUAUUUUCACGGUCUUCAUGCUGGCAGUGUCAGGGGUAUGCAUUCUGCUUAAUAUCACCGAGGCAGUCUUCCUCGUAGGGAGAGCUUGCAGUCGGCAUUUCCAAAAUGCCCAAGACUCACCCCUGGCGGCUUGGGUCGUGCAAAAGUUCAGCUCAUACUAAAGGAACAGUCCGUGUAACUAACCAGGUUCACUCUGCAUUUGUUCCUCACCACAUCUGAAAAUCUCACUAAUCUCAGCCAUUCAUUCAUGGUACUGACUUGGCCAGAGUGACAUUGCAACAAACAGUUCCUUAACCACAUUUUUUUGUGUGACAUGACUGUGAAUUACAGAACAAACUCCCGAACUACACCAAGAAGGAGGGACAGCAGCAACAGCAGAAGACUAAGUAGGAUAAAGGACAAUCCUCUUGGAAGGUUUGCACAGCACACAAAAAUAUUUAAGGAAAUAUCACUGUACAUUUAUAUGGUCUCUUCUGUCCUUCUCUGAAAAAAUUUGAUGCUUGAUUCCAGAUACCCUUUGACUAAUUCAGUGCUGCAUUAAUCCUUAACUCAUCACGGAAAGCUUUGGAAUGAACGGAAAGCCAGGUGGUGUUUAUUAAAUUAAAAAAUAUUUAAUAACUCAUUAUGGUUCACGAUGCAGAGGAGGUUACACAGGGAGUGAAGGAAUGUGCUACAAAACAUGUUUUAAUUCAUUCAUUUCAUUCAUCAUCUUUAAUUAUUUAACUUUCUUGGGACCAGGGAAAUUGUAAUGGUUGGACUGUGAAAAUUUAUUUAGAUUUUCUAUUUUCUUUUGAGUUGUCUUCCCAAUAUGUACUUGACUAGUAUUGUUAGUUAUUUAGUCUUGCAGUUUUGUCAUCUGUAUAUUAUUAUGUCUGUGCCUUAGACAUGACAGAUGGAUAAUUAAUCUGUCAUGUUUUAUAUGAAGUAAUAUUUGCAUGCCAUUUCUGUGAUCUUUCUUGGAGCAUUAAAAUGAUGUGCCACAAAGUAUUACAUUAUUAUUUAAUUCUAAAUCUAAACCUUAAAUGGUUGCAGAGCAGAAAUUCCGGAAUAAUACAUAAAGUGAAAUGCUGCAAUUUAUAUAUUUUCAAGUGUGAUAUUGAUUAUGACCUGAUACAAAGUUUUUGUGUUUAA